AUGCCACAACUAAACCCGGCACCUUGGUUCUUCACCUUCAUAUUAGUCUGAUCAAUCCUACUUUUACUACUAAAACCAACUUUAAUAGAACUAAAAAGCACCCACCAGCCACAGCCACACACCAUAAAACAUACACUAACCCCCUGAGCCUGAACAUGACAUUAG